AGCUACCACUGGGGGGCAGCAGGGAGGCUAAUGCCGGAAGUAUUCUGCUUCUCGCCAGUGACGAUCAUGGCGCUAGCGGCACCGUUCCCUGCCGUGGUGUCGGUAUCAGGAACGCUUCUGCAUCGCUAACUUUGUUUGUAUUGAAAGUGACCUGAGCGACAUCUUUUCAAGUUGUGACGUUUACGUUCAGCGCUUCCUCGCAGACAUGAUGGAAGACAAAGGGCCUCGAAUAGCGGACUACUUUGUUGUGGCAGGACUGACGGACACCUCCAAGCUUUUGGAUCAUGACAUAUGUCGGAUAGAAACCAAGACAGUAGGUCCCAAAGCUCCAAUCACUGACAUUGCUAUUAUCAACAAGACAGCUGGAGAGACAGUGCCAGAGGGCUACACAUGUAUUGAAAUGACACAAAGUGGAUUGCAGGCCAAUCUGAAUCAUGGAAGCUUAAAGAGUCCAGAAAUGUUCAUCUGUUACAGACGAGAGAAAGGGAAACCCCCAUUGACAGACAUUGGUGUUUUAUAUGAAGGGAAAGAGCACCUGUUGAAAGGCUGCGAGGUUAUCCAGGCUACACCGUAUGGACGCUGUGCGAAUGUCAAUAACAGUUCAGGUACCUCCAUGAGGAUAUUUUUAACUUGCCGCCGAUCUCUACCGGUCCGCCUUCAAAACUCCUUGGCAGUAACUGACAUUUGUAUAAUCAUCAGUAAUAAAGGAGAGACACCACCCCACACGUUCUGUAAGGUGGACAAAAACCUCAACUGUGGAAUGUGGGGAUCCAACGUUUUCCUGUGUUAUAAGAAGUCUGUCCCUGCAUCUAACGCCAUGCCUUAUAAAGCAGAUUUGAUUUUCAGAUAUCCAGAGGAGGAUUAUAAAUCAUUUCCUCUUCCAGAGUCUGUGCCACUCUUUUGCCUUCCCAUGGGAGCUACUAUUGAAUGCUGGGACCCACAAAUCCGACAUCCUUUACCCGUUUUCUCGACUUUUGUACUGACUGGUUCCACAGCUGAGAAGGUUUAUGGUGCUGCAAUUCAGUUCUAUGAGGCUUACCCACGUGAAAUGUUGUCUGAAAAGCAGAUGAUUCAGUUAGGGCUGAUCACAGCUGUGGAGAAGAAAGUGCUCACCUCCAAAACUAUCACCUCCAAGAAGUGCAUAUGUUUGCUCUCUCAUUGGCCUUUCUUUGAGAACUUCCGCAAGUUCCUUAUGUUCAUCUACAAGCUCUCUGUGUCUGGUCCUCAUACCCUUCCUAUUGAAAAACACAUAUCACACUUUAUGAACAAUGUACCCUUCCCAUCACCACAGAGACCAAGAAUCCUUGCUCAGCUUUCUGCUCACGAUGCCUUAAUACUGUCUCAGCCUGUAGCAACGCCGUUGCCUCUAAGCGGAGCAAAUUUUAGUACCCUCCUUAUGAAUCUAGGACCAGAAAACUGUGCUUCUUUGCUGCUGUUCGUUCUGCUAGAAUGCAAGAUUCUCCUUCACUCACUCAGGCCAGCAGUUCUGACUGGAGUCGCUGAGGCUGUAGUAGCUAUGAUUUUCCCUUUUCAGUGGCAGUGCCCAUACAUCCCCCUGUGCCCGUUGUCUCUUGCGGAUGUACUUAGCGCACCUAUUCCCUUUAUUGUGGGAGUGGAUUCACGAUACUUUGCUUUGCACGAUCCACCUCAGGAUGUUGUUUGCAUCGACUUGGACACAAGCAUGGUUUACACGUCUGAAGACAAAAGGAAUUUAAGCUGGAAGCAACUUCCCAAGAAACCAGUGAAAAACCUUAUUGGUGUCUUAAAAAAGCUUUACCUCCGGCUCUCUUCAGUUCACCAAAAGUCCCAAGAAGAAUCAGCUGUACUGAUGACCCCAAUUGAGGCAGACUUCUCAUGGCAAAAGAAAACAAUAGAUUUGGAGAUGGAAAUUCAAGAGGCAUUUUUACGGUUCAUGGCAUCCAUACUCAAAGGUUACAGGACCUACUUGAAACCCAUAACUCAGGCACCAUCCAACAAAGCUACUGCUGCAGAUUCGCUGUUUGACCGUCAAGGGUUUCUGAAAAGUAGGGAUCGUGCACACAUGAAAUUCUACACUUCACUGACAAAAACCCAGAUCUUCAUCCGCUUCAUUGAAGAAUGCAGCUUUGUCAGCGAUAAGGACACCAGUUUGGCCUUCUUUGAUGACUGCCUUGAAAAGUUGUUUCCUGAUAAAGGAGUGGAAAGAGGUGAUAAGGGGGAUUUGGAAUUCCCAGAAGACACUCGUCUGAUUGAGCUAGAUGACUCACAGAAGAGCGAGCACACCGUAUUUAUAAUGCCACCUGAGCCUCUGCCUGAAGAUGGACCUGACCCUCACCCAAAAUAUAGCUACAAAAGCUUUCCAAGACUAGACUACGCUCUUUUUGACCAAACACGUGAUCAGUACCUUUCUUUCAAUGGAACCGCUAAAGGUAGCCGAGCAGCAAGCAGCCCCACAUUUAUUGGGAAAAGGACAAAACAGGAAAUCAAAACAGCUCACAAACUAGCUAGAAAAUAUUUUAGCAAUGAUCCUGCUUGGUCCAAAUGUCUCUUCAGCCAGUGCUUUAGCUUGUGGUUUGUUUGCCUGCCUGUUUACAUCAAGGUAUCACAUUCUAAAGCACGUGCACUUCAAAAAGCUUAUGAUGUGUUGGUUAAGAUGAGGAAAACCGAUGUAGAUCCAUUGGAUGAGGUGUGUUACAGGGUAGUAAUGCAGCUGUGUGGCAUUUGGGAAAACCCUGUUCUAGCAGUGAGAGUAUUGUUUGAGAUGAAAAAUGCUGGGAUACAGCCAAAUGCAAUUACCUAUGGUUACUAUAAUAAGGUUGUGUUGGUCAGCCCAUGGCCAAGCAGUAAUCGCAGUGGAAACUUUCUGUGGACAAAAGUUCGCAAUGUGGUGUUUGGUUUGGCACAGUUCCGAAGGGCAACAAAGAAGUCACAGACAUCUUCUGAGGACUCUUCAGCAUCAGCUCUUCCAAGUUCCGCACAUGCAAAUGAUGGGGAGGCUGUAAGCCAUCAAAGAGAGGAUAAUUGUAAUGAUUCUAACUCUGGCGAGCACACCCUCUUCGUGCGUGAUCUAAUCAGAAUUGAUUCCACUGAUAACCAUUCUAGCACAGAGAGUCCAUCUAAUAAUGACUCCAAAGGCGAAGUCGAGACAGAUGGUGCUGAAGGUGGUACUGAGCAGAAAAAUAACGCAGAAGCAGAUUGUAAAGCAAAACUGAAGCACACGCCAAACUGUGAUGAGCCCUCACUUUCCUCUAUGGAUGCGACAGUAUCUAGCAGCGGAGACCAUCCCGAAAAAUUACUUUCAACCUCUGAGGCUCCAAGUCCCCCUGAAUCACCUCCUUGUGGAAGCAGCAUUGUUAAAGUUCCUUCAGGAAUUUUUGACAGCACAGGAAGGAGAAGCAGUAGCGGAGGUGGGACUGGACUGUUAUCUCCGGUUUUGGAUGUUGGGGAAGACCAUGUGUUUUGCAGUGAAGGUCAAACCAAGAAGUCCAACGAGAGAUCUCAGAAGAGGCAGAAAAUGUUUUCUGAGCGAAGCUGUAGUUUUAGUGCAGAGAGCCGAGCAGUUAUGUUGCUAAAGAAAGGCAGUCUUGAUUUAACCACUAAUGAAAUAGCCAUAAAAAUGGGAGCAGAUGCAAAAAUACUUACUGCAGCUCUUUCAAAGACAUCACCACCACCACCUCAGCAUGUCAAGAACCAAUUCUGCUUUGAAGGUAUAGAUGACCAUUCUGUCUAUCAGAUAUCUGAUAGCACAACUUGUGAACAAACUGAAGAACCUGAGAAAGCCACUGAGAAGCUAACAGCCUCUCAACUGCAAGGGCCAUCUGAUCAGUUGGAUACAGUGAAAGAGGAAAGCACGGUGGAUGCUGGUGACUCUGGGGAAGACCGCAUUGCUCUCAGGGAUACUCCUAAACUUAAAAGUGAGCUAAAUAAAAGGCAUAGUUUCUAUGGUCUAACCAAAGCAGUAGAACGAGAAGGGGUAGAAAAGGGUCUUGACCCUCUAUCUUUACUGGCUUCGCAGACCGUGGAAAAAGAGCCAUCACCAUCUGAGGAAAAGCACAUUUCACCUGUUGUUGCACGUAAUCUGGCAGAUGAGAUUGAAAGCUACAUGAACCUGAAAAGUCCUCUUGGCUCCAAGUCUUCCAGUAUGGAGUUAGGAGGACAAGACUUAGGAAGUGGAUCUGGGAACCACAACCAAGCUGGCCUAGAGCGGCGCUCUAGCUUACCUGUUGACUCCUUUCCUCCAUCAGAAGUGCAGAGUGAGAACCAGAAGAACUCCACUGUUUCCAGAUCAAAGACUUUUACUAGCAGUCCAAAGCAUCACCUACGCAACCAAAAGGAACGAUCAGUCUCACUCAAUGCUCUUGUCCGCAGCUCCCCACAUGGCUCUCUGGGAUCAAUGGUCAACUCUUUUCCUGGGCUAAAAUUUGACAGCCUUCUGACAGGACCUAAAAUUGAUGUGCUCAAAUCAGGCAUGAAGCAGGCAGCCACUGUAGCAAGUAAAGUUUGGGGGGCUGUGGCAUCCGCUUAUAGCUACUCUGAUGAUGAGGAGGAAAGUCAGAGUCAGAGAGGUCAGUCUAAUUUUCCUUUAAGACCCGAAGAGCCUGCAAUCAGUGACAAUCUUUCCUUCAAGAUGGCUUCAAAUGGACUUCCUGGCAAUGAGCUGACACAGAGUAACACCAGCCUAGGCAGCAGCAGCAGUGGUGACACAAGCAAGCACAACUAUUUUAACAAUGAAUCUGUACAGGGGAAAGCAUCAAGGGGUCUAGAGUCUGAAAAAUCAGAGCAAGGAUCCUCUCAUAGCACCAGCUUGUCCAGCAUAUUUCAGAAUUGGGCAAUGGAGGUCUUAAUGUCCAGCUGCUCUCAGUGCCGUGUUUGUGAUGCACUUGUGUAUGAUGAAGAGAUAAUGGCUGGAUGGACUGCUGAUGACUCCAACUUAAAUACCACAUGUCCCUUCUGUAAAACCCCCUUUUUACCUCUUCUUAAUAUUGAGUUUAAAGACCUUCGUGGCACUGCAAGCUUUUUUCUCAAACCAAGCAACUCAGGAGACAGUAUUCAUGGCAGUAACCUACGUGUGAUGGCAGAUUCUUCAGAGCAUAAAGUGCAAUCGAACUCCACAGCCAGUGACCUGAUCAACCUUGGAGAAUCUUCCACUACUUCCUACACCACAACAGAGGAAAGUAAUACAGGCACUGAGAAGAGUUCUAAUAGUGUCCAAGCUGAAGAAGAUGGAACCAUGAAAUAUUCAAAGACAAACAAUGCACCAAAGCGAGGAGCUUCAUUGACUAGGAGUAACAGCAUAGGAGGGCCAUUACAAAACAUUGACUUAUCCCAAAGGCCUUCUCAUGGAGUUUCUACUGUCAGUCUUCCCAACAGUCUGCAACAAGUUGUGGAUCCUUUGGAGAAGCGGCACAACCCACUGCCCGUCUCUGUCCCUUACCUUAGUCCCCUUGUCCUACGCAAGGAGCUGGAGUCUUUGUUGGAGAAUGAAGGUGACCAUGUCAUCUACACAUCCACUUUUAUUAACCAGCAUCCUAUUAUCUUCUGGAACCUGGUUUUGUACUUCAGACGUUUGGACCUGCCUAGCAAUUUACCAGGUCUCAUCCUCUCAUCUGAGCACUGCAAUGGAGGGGUGCAGCUCCCGCUAUCAUCUCUAUCUCAGGACAGCAAGCUAGUCUAUAUACAGCUGUUGUGGGACAACAUAAACCUUCAUCAGGAGCCUGGGGAUCCCCUGUACAGCAAAUUUAGAGCUCUAGACAAUAUCAAGAAGAAGGGUUCUCCUAUCCCACAUGAUCAGCAGAUCACCAACAAUUUAUUGGAAAGCAUCACACUCAGUAUCCAGCAUAAUGAUGUCCUUAGGCCUAUCAGCCUGCUCCUUCAAAAAAGCAACUUAACUGGCAAGAGGCAAAGGAGCUUGUAUAGAGAAAUACUGUACCUUUCUUUAGUCUCUCUUGGAAGAGAAAAUAUCGACAUAGAGGCCUUUGACAAUGAAUAUAGAAUCGCUUAUGAAAAACUCCCUCCUGAGAUGCGGCAAAAAAUGCAGAAAAUUGAUCAGCCUCCGAGCAAGAAGGUGGAGUGCUGCAGGAGUAUCUUUGGAGCUCCCCUAAUUUGAAACCAGAUGUAGUCUUAAAAGACUUCUGAUUUGUCCCUUGGAUGGCUCAAGAGCUGUGAUUCGGCCUCUGAAUUUGAAAUCAUUGUAUACACCACAAGUUGCCUAUUAUUUGAUAUCAGUCUUAUCCAGGUAUUUGGACAAGGCAUUUCAAAGAAGAUAUUCAAGGAGGGUGAGACCUUUCCUGUUUAUUUGAUGCCACUUCCUCUUUGGAACAGAGUCCCAUUCAGGUGUCCAACUGGUGCCGCUAUUUAGGGUUAAGUUUAGCGGAGGAGUUUUGCAAUGUGCUGAUUUUUCUGCGUGCAACGGGCAAUCCAGCCGACUGAAGAAAAUGUUUAAGAACCAUAUUGUCUUUGUAAUGCAGAUAUAUAUGAUUUUUGUUCAUCCAGAUGUCACAAAGAAGGGUAUAAUUUAAGCAUUAGUUUUUUUUUUUAAUCAUUUGCUAAUAAGUCCAAUGCUGCAUGGGUUGCCCAUAGCAGUGGGAUUACAAGUGAUUGGUAGAGGGCUUUUAAAGCAUUUUUAAACCAGUUAUUUACACUCCGUGAGCUACUAUGCCUUAUGUUAAGUCUAUUGGUCUUGAUACAGGUAUUUGACCAACUGCUUAAUGCAGCCUUACCUUUUUAAAGGGAAAAUAUGCCUUAUUUACUGAUAGGGUUUAAUUUUACUUUAUUUUCGUGUAAACGUUCCAUAAAAACAUACGGGCUUAGGAUAUGAAACAUAAUAUCUUAUGUGCACAUUUUGUAUUUAUUGGGGGAUGGGUGGGGGGCCUGCCCUACUGUUAUUUUGAAAUAAAACUAGAUUACCGUGCAUAGUCUCCAAAGAAACAAUGUCCCAGUGGCCAGAUCCGAAUGACUGCUUUGUUGUUUAACCAUGCAAAUAUGUAAAAAAUAGUUACAAGCAGUAGGAUGUCAUUAUUAGACUCUAAAAGGAAAAUCCCCUUUUAUCACCAUAUACCAUAGGCCUGCUGUGGUAUCUCAAAAUAGUGUGCAGAUUUCUGCUGUCUAUGAAAGCACAAGGUAAAGAACAACUGCAAACACAAUUUAAGUAUUGUUGAAGACUCCCUGAAUCUAAAAAGUUUAGACACAUAACAGAGAGCUGACGAUAUUACAUUACUUUAUUUGAUCUCGUGUGGUUAACCUGCUGGACCUGUAAAUGAGUCCGAGGCACCUUCUAGGGCUGUUUGUGUCGUUACUGUGAUUUGCACAUCAUUCUGUUUUCAUCAUGCUGCUUAUCUGUCAUGUUUGACAUGCCAACUGGAUUUCAGUUUCCCUUUGUUAAAGCAGUCAAAUCUCUAUAUGAAUUGCAAGAAUUUCUUUCUUUUUUUUAAAUUUAGCUUUGGCCUGGUUUCUCUGUAGGAGUAUGCAGUUAAGAUGUGAAUCUGAUUAUUGCUUUGGCCAUAUCUUUUAAACAAUAUACACUACAUUCUUCAUUCAAUUCUAAGCAGAUGAGCCACUACAGUAAUUUUAGUCAUGCAGUAUAAAGCUAAAAUUGAUGCAAGUUCAGCUUCAGUGAUUUUAAAAUAAUGAAAUGGGGAAAAAAAGGAAAUCUUCUCCACUUUCAAUGGAAACAGGAGGGCCGCUACCCCAGAUUGUUGCCAUGAAGUACCGGUAAGCACAAAUACUUGUUUGAUUUUGCAGAGCAUGCUUACCUAAACACUUGGCCAUUGAUAGACUGUCCCAGUCUGGAGGACUUUUGUAUGGUGCAAGCAUUCUCUUUCUUAUAGAAUAAAUGGUCACAUGGGAGGACAGCUCAAGGUCUGGGCAUGUAAGAAUGUAAAGAAGUCUCUAACCUUGUUGCAGUAUCAUCAUUUAUUUUCUUCUGCUUGGUAGUAUCAAAGGAAAUGUUUCAUGCAUUUUUUAGUGUACAUUUAUGAUUUUCCCAUC